GUUCGAUGGAUAUGGAUGGAUAUGGAUAUGGAUAUGGAUAUGGAAUGGGGGGCGGACCCCUGAUUUUUAUUGAUUGAUUGAUUGAUUGAUUGAUUGAUUGAUUGAUUGAUUGAUUGAUUGAUUGAUUGAUUGAUUGAUUGAUUGAUUGAUUGUAUGAAGGACGAAGGACAAAGUACCAUUGACCGCGCAAUUGAGGGAUUGUUGUGUAUUUAUCUGUCUGUCUGUCUGUCUGUCUGUCUUUCUGUCUGUCUGAUCUAUUAGGGUUGAGAUUGAGAUUGAGAUUGAGAUUGGCUUUUGAGGGAUAUUUGUUUAUUGAUUAAUUAGUUUAAUCAAUUAAUUGCUCGAUCGAUCAAUCAAUCAAUAGCUCGUUGUAAAGAAAGAAACUAUUCGGGUAGGAUAAAAGAUAAGAAGAAGAAGAAGAAGAAGAAGAAGAAUGGCCCCAGAAACGCAAACGAAAUUCGAUGCGAAGAAUGAUGUGGGAUUGAAACGAUUGGGAUUCUUGAUGAAGGGGUGGAAGGAUAGUAGGGAGGGGUAUAUUGGAUGGGGUCAUGAUCUCCUACCUUCACUCUCGCUUUCUGCGGAUGCGGAACAUCAUUCGGAGAAUGUGACGACGUUUGUUUUUAAACCGACGGUGCAUCAUUGCAACGCAAACUCCACCGUUCAUGGCGGCUGCAUCGCAACCGUCUUCGAUGCCUGCACAUCCGUUGCACUCAUGGGUCGCUACAGCGCUCAGAAAUGGGGCGGUGGUGGAGUGAGUAGAGGAUUGGGAUGUACUUAUUUAAAGGGCAUUACUAUUCAUGAGGAAUCUGAAGGAGAGGGAAAAAAUGAUGUGUUAGUUGAAUGUGAGGUUGUGGGGGGGUUGGGGAAGAGAAAUGUGGUUUUGAGAGGAACAAUGAAACGCAGAACCGGAGAAGUCCUAGCCAUUUGCGAACAUAGUAAAGUGAAUAUUGUGGGUGUGGAAUUACCUAGUUCUGCUUCUGGUUCGAAGGAGAAGGAGAAGAAAGAGGAAAAGGGAAAGGAGUCGAAGUUGUAAAUUUGAGGGGUGAGGGUAAUAGAUUGCGGGGAAGGUAGAUGGAGGAAGAGGAGGAGGAGAAGAAGAGGAGGAGAAGAAGAUAUAAUAGGGAAGAGGAAGGUUAGAGGAAGGGGGGUAUAUAUAUAUCUAUAAACAAAAAAUUCAAAUAUUAAUAUGUAUAUUCAU